GCGUGACCACCUCUGCGAAUCCCGUCCUGCUGGCCGCGCGCAACCCGCAGCCCGUCGCCCUGCUCCUUGCCCACCAGCAUGUCUUUCGUCCCAGUGGCCGAGGAUUCCGAAUUCCCCAUCCACAACCUGCCCUACGGCGUCUUCUCCACCAAAGGCAACCCAAGACCAAGGAUCGGCGUGGCGAUUGGUGACCAGAUCCUAGACCUCAGUGUCAUUAAGCACCUCUUCACUGGGCCUGUCCUCUCCCAACACCAGGAUGUCUUUGAUCAGCCAACUCUCAACAGCUUCAUGGGCCUGGGUCAGGCUGCCUGGAAGGAGGCAAGAGGAUUGUUGCAGAACCUGCUGUCCACCAGCCAAGCCAGGCUCCGAGAUGACACGGAGCUUUGGAAGCGUGCAUUCACCCCCCAGGCUUCCGCCACGAUGCAUCUUCCGGCCACCAUAGGCGACUACACGGACUUCUAUUCCUCUCGGCACCACGCCACCAACGUCGGAGUCAUGUUCAGGGGCACAGAGAACGCACUGAUGCCCAAUUGGCUGCACUUACCAGUGGGCUACCACGGCCGUGCUUCCUCCAUCGUGGUGUCUGGCACCCCAAUCCGCAGGCCCAUGGGACAGAUGAGACCCGAUGACUCUAAGCCUCCUGUGUAUGGUGCCUGCAAACUCUUGGACUUCGAGUUGGAAAUGGCUUUCUUUGUAGGCCCUGGGAACAAAUUUGGAGAGCCGAUCCCCAUUUCUAAGGCCCAUGAGCACAUUUUUGGAAUGGUCCUUAUGAACGACUGGAGUGCUCGAGACAUUCAGAAGUGGGAGUACAUCCCUCUUGGGCCGUUCCUCGGGAAGAGUUUUGGAACCACCAUCUCUCCGUGGGUGGUGCCCAUGGAUGCCCUCAUGCCCUUUGCUGUUUCCAACCCGGAGCAGGACCCCAAGCCCCUGCCGUAUCUCCGCCACGACCAACCCUACACGUUCGACAUCAACCUCUCUGUCACCCUGAAAGGAGAAGGAAUGAACCAAGCAGCUACCAUAUGCAGGUCCAAUUUUAAGUAUAUGUACUGGACGAUGCUGCAGCAGCUCACUCACCACUCUGUCAACGGCUGCAACCUGCGGCCGGGGGACCUCUUGGCUUCUGGAACCAUCAGCGGGCCGGAGCCAGAGAGCUUUGGCUGCAUGCUGGAGCUGUCGUGGAGGGGAACGAGGGCCAUAGAGCUGGGGAAUGGACAGACCAGGAAGUUUCUGCUGGACGGGGAUGAAGUCAUCAUCACAGGCAGGCAGCCUGGUUGCUGGUGACCACAGGGGAAGAGGAUGCCUGGUGACACAUCUUGGGCCUCAUGGACCCCACACCAGGGCCUGGGAGGAUGACUGAGCCUGCGGAGCCUGCCCAUUAGAUCACGCUACUCAUUCAUUCAUUUAUUCACCAAAUCGUUAUUGAGUGCCUUCUCUGUGCCAGGCACUGUACUAGGCACAAGAGGUGCAGCAGUCACAGAAAAGCUGUGACUUAUGAUGCCCUUGUGCCCUGUGAUGAUUACUUCCUAGUGGAGGGAGAUAGGCAGGAAACAAAUGGACAAGGAAAAGAUAUACACUAUUGAAAUGGAGCAGGACCCUAUGGUCUAUGCCCCCCAUGUCCUCCGCCUGCCUUUUGUCUGUGGAAAAACCUUAGCCAAAGGAUAAGUUUAAUCAGAGAAGUGAGAAAAUGCAGAAACAAAGGAAAACAGUCAAAGGAGACCAAAUAAUAAUAGCUUUGUCCUUAAGCAAAGUCAAGGACCUUUAGUUCCUUCUCAGGGGCUAUAGAUAAUAUUCUAAGCCAUAUCCUGUGAGCUGCCUUAUAGAUACUGAAACCCACACCAGGUGGAGAAGUUAACUACCUGAUGAUCAGACUGUAGCCAUGACAUAAGCUGCCACAAUUCCGAGAGCUGGCUUCAGAGAAAUGGUAACAAACCAACCCUGGAACUGAAGAUUAACUGUACUUAAAACCAUCAAGAUGACGGUGGUCAGAUCACCGAUGACCAAUUUCAAGAUGACUGUCGGAGCUGACUGUGCUGUUUCUGCAUGUAGCCCCCUCCCUCCGUCUAUAAAAGC